AUGGACGACGACACAAGCAUGUCGUCGAGCGGCCCGCCCAUGCUGACCCCAGGGUCCAGCAUGCUAUCAUUGUCACCGCAACCAGACCUUCUUCUGCAAUCCCCCGCGGGCACCACAGACCUGAGGACGCUCGAGUCAGCGCGGGAGAGCGUCGCCUGGCUGUCCGGGCAGAUAGUCUGGGCCAUCGAGCGCGUCCUGCAGGCCCGGAGGGCGGGCAACCGUGCCCACGACGACGACGUGUGGGUCAUCAACGAGGCCGGGGCGCUCAUGGCCCGCCUGGUGCCGCACAUGGAGGAUACCUCGGGCACCUUCUCCCUCGACGGCGGCCAGCUGCCGGCCUUCCCGUACCCGGGAUGGCCAACGCCGCUGCCGCCCGGUUGGGCCGACUACACUGACCAGUCAGCGUUAGCGCGGCAGAGAAUGGAGGUGUUCUCGUCCGACGUGGCGAUGCAGCUCGAGUCGGCGAAGCGGGAGCAGCGGCAGCGACUUCAGUCAUCCCUCAAUGACUUUGAGGAUGAGAUGAUUACAUCAAUCGUUCCGAGGAAGAAGCAGAAGCAGCAGCAGCAGCCGCAGAGGCAGUGGCACCGGCCCCUCGUCGUCAACGGGUCGACGCCAUACCAAAAGACUACGGAAACAUCGACAUCGGCAUCAGAAGGAGGAGCGCACGCGCCAGAACAGCAGCAGAACCUGCCGGAGCCGCAGCAGCAGCAGCCGAUAUGUGACGCCUUUAACCUACCGCUCACCGCCCACCGACACACGCCCGCAGGCCUAUCCUCGAGGACGGCACCCCCGCCGCCGCCGACGACGACAGGAGCGGCAUCGCCAUCAUCAACAUCACCAUCACCAUCCCACUCCAUCGUCCAUGCCUCGCGUAUCCAGGCGCCCGACAACACCCCCACCUUGCCCGCACACCCAUUCUUGAGGUCGACGCCGCCCCAGCCCGGGAUGUCCCCGCCGCCACCGGACAUGCCGAUCAUGGAGCACUCGCCCACCGCGCCGCCAUCGUCGUCGCACCAGCCCCGGUCGCCGUCACCACAGCGCUGGGGCGACCAAAUCCCAGGGCUGCGAAACCUGUUUCCGCUGCAAGGGGAGCCCGGCUCCGCGUAUGGCCAGAACCAGCAGUGGGCAGUCGGGCCGCCUUACCGCCCUUCCCCUCCUCGGCCUUACGGGCCCGAGAGGCUUUCGAUGCUCGAAUUUACCCUGAACCAACAAUGGGCAAUGUCGGGGGCUUACCGCCCUUCCCCUCCUCGGUCAUACGAGCCCGAAGCGCUCUCAUUUUUCGAGUCGGGCGAGGACUUCGGGGGAAUCGGGGAGCCUUACGACCUUUCCUUCUCUUUUUUGGGUGACUCAGCCCCCUAG